GCCAUGCACACGCACACACGCAGCGGUCCGGCAUGCCAAUGCCGAUACCGAUGCCGACACCAAGACUGCCAACACGCUCUGAGGCUCCCCGUGGCGGGUAUCCAAGUUGCGGCGGCUGAGAUUGCCGUUUGUGCCCCGACGAAACAAAGACCAGAACUGCAGAACCGCUGAGCCAGGCUCAGACUCAAAAGCAGAGUGCCAGAGAGAGAGGCUCAGGUCAGGCUCAGGUCAGGCUCGAGCUCACCCCCCUCGCCCUGCGACAUGAUGGCCGCAUUGCCAAUCUUGGCGCCCCGGCUCCCCGGCUGCCCUCCCGUCGUGGACGACAGAUCUUACACUAAAGAACACACCGAGGACGAGUGGGAGUCAAUGAGAGACCUCAUCAAGACCCUGUACAUUCGUGACAACCGCAAGCUGAAUGAGACCAUGGCCAUCCUGCAGGCUAGACAUGGAUUCGCCGCGACAGAACAAAUGUUUAAGAAGCGUUUAAAGAAGUGGAACUUGAGAAAGCGAACAUAUCGCAGGAGCCCAUCGGAGUCCACUACUUCCACUCCCACCACUCAGGCCCCAGAGUCGCCGGGUGUCAGCCACCACACAGAUGGGCACGAUGUAUUAGAGAAGCAGAGCCCAGACCGUGCCAACAAAGAUUCCAUGGCCCUGGUCCGUCCGUCAAAUACCGGACAGUAUGCAAACCUCGAGUUUGUUCUUGGCAGUGUCUUCACCUGGAGCCAGGCUAAGCUGGACUCUCACCACGUCAUCUCAGAUCCCAUGUCAAAAUACCUUGCGAAUCCGAACCACCCACCUAUCCAAGACAGUCGUACCAUGUAUCGAACCUUUGAGUUGGUCUUUGAUCUGUGGUUCCACGGGAAAGGGGACCUCGCUGGCAUGGCGGCACGAAGGGGUUUCUAUGUCCUCGAGUACGUCUUGACCGAUGACCAUCCCGACCUGGUCUGGCACUUCCUAGAUACCAUUUAUGAUAUGGUAGACCGAGGACACCUCCAGCUUCUUAGCAUGUUUCUGGAUCAUGCCACUGUGCUGGCACAACAUCAACUUCCCGCACAGCAUCCACUCGUCCGGAUUCUUCAGCAACUGAGAAAGUGUGAUUUCCAGACUGAUCAAGGACGAAAGUUCGUCUGCCACCUUUUGCGCCUGGCCUGGUUACGAAACGUGGACCUCCUGGCCGAACACAUCCCGACAUCGGGGGCACAACGCCUCUGGCUUUACGAGCAACUGAUUUGGGACGGGCGAACUCGGCUACGGAAAGGGAGUGACUUGGCCAAGAGGAGAGAAGCCAUGAACCGCGCCCUCGAAGCCAUGGCGGAAUCCGAAAAAGUAGCGGCCGCUGAAGACGAAUCGGAUCAGCUACGAAUCGAAGCACUCAUGCUUGAGUUUACCCAGAUGGAUCUGGGUGACAAGGUCAAAGCGGAGCAGUUGGCCAUCAACUUACUGAGCCGGACGAGUUCUAGCGAGUCAUCGAGAUCAAGUGACAGGUUCCAUGCAUAUGCCCGCAAGAUGCUGGCACGAGUCCACCAGGACAGGCAAGAAUGGGACACGGCAGAGGAGAACCUACGAUGUGCUGUCAGCAAGCGGGAGGCGGCGCACGGCACCAAUAACAAUUUGCGGGUGAUUCGAGACCUAUGGGUGCUCGCUGCCCAUUACCAAAAAGCUGGCCGACAAGAGGAUUCAGAGGCCAUAACUGCGGAUGCACUCUUGAGAGCGCAGAAAUACUUAGAGAGCGGCCUUGGGUAAGACUCAUGGAAGAGUCAGGUUGUUAGACGGUUCUUGACGGGGUUUCAUGGGUUAUAAAUGGAUUGGUUACAUCACGGGACGAGGGCUUGAAUAUACCACGAAUGCAUAUAAUUGGCUUAUCUAUAAACAAGAGGCAUCAUAUUCCCAUUCUCAUUCCAAAAA